CAACAUGGCGAUCACUGGCAACGGGUCUCCCGCGACUAUUCUCUUUUUCUUCAUGAUUCCGGCGACUCUUCACAAAGUGGUGAGUCAGAAUCUAGUUACAGACAAUGUGUCGGUGGUAGAGGGCGAGAUGGCCACCAUCAGUUGCCGUGUGAAGAACAAUGACGACUCAGUCAUCCAGCUGCUCAACCCCAAUAGACAGACAAUCUACUUCAGAGACAUGAGACCUCUGAAAGACUCACGAUUUCAGCUGGUGAACUUUUCGGACAACGAGCUUCGGGUGUCCCUGUCUAACGUCUCUCUGUCAGACGAGGGUCGAUAUGUGUGCCAGCUCUACACAGACCCCCCACAGGAAGCCUAUGCAGACAUCACAGUGCUGAUUCCUCCAGGUAACCCCAUCAUUGAGGCCCGGGAUGAGAUCCUUAGUGAGGGCAACGAGACAGAGAUGACCUGCACCGCCAUGGGCAGUAAGCCUGUUGCCACUAUCAGAUGGAUGAAGGGAGACAAAGAGCUCCCAGGUAAACCAAAAGUGGAGGUCACUUAUGAUAAGAUGUACACAAUCACCAGCCGAAUAACAUUCACUGUCAGCAAGGAGGACGACGGCGUGCCUGUGGUAUGCAUUGUGGACCACCCAGCAGUUAAGGACUUCCAAGCUCAGAGAUACCUGGAGGUGCAAUACAAACCAGAGGUGAAGAUUGUGGUGGAGUUUCCCUCAGGUCUAACCAGGGAAGGGGAGAACCUGGAACUGACCUGCCAGGCCAAAGGCAAACCCCAACCACAGCGGGUGAACUGGUUUAAGGUGGAAGACGAUGUGCCGUCCCACGCCGUCAUCACUGGCAGUGACCUGUACAUUGAAAACCUCAACAAGUCUUACAACGGGACCUACCGCUGCGUGGCCUCCAACUCUGUUGGCGAGUCCUAUGACGACUAUAUACUCUACGUCUAUGAUGCUCCCACCACCACCCCUAUACCCACCACAGCCACCACCACUACCACCACCACCACCACCACUACCACCACUACCAUCUACCCCGAAGCCACUCAAGAUUCAAGAGCUGGAGAGGGAGCACCAAGAACGGUGGACCAUGCAGUCAUCGGAGGAGUGGUGGCAGUGGUGGUCUUUGCCAUGCUCUGUCUACUUAUCGUCUUAGGGCGCUACUUUGCAAGACACAAAGGUACCUACUUCACACAUGAAGCCAAAGGGGCAGAUGAUGCAGCAGACGCAGACACGGCCAUCAUCAAUGCAGAGGGUGGCCACACUAAUUCGGAUGAAAAGAAAGAAUACUACAUCUGAUCAGAACAGGACCCCUCACAUUUAGUGUCCCCUUUGGGACACAGUCUGGUUUUUUUUUUUUGGUUUUUUUUUUGACUGGGGAUAGGGUGAAGAGGGGAGAGGGUGGAGAGGAUGGGUAGGGAUUGUUUUGGUUUUGGUUAGAACAGAUUGAGGAGUAGAGGAGAAACUGGUUUUAGUGGAAACCAAGAUUUAAGCUGUGUUUAGAGUAGUCUGCAGCUCUAGAUGGAAUGUUUUGUGUUUUAAAAAGACAAAGGAUAGAAAAUGAAGGGUUUGUUAUGUUGUUAUUUUAA